AUGCCGGGUCCGAUAAAAGUCAAUCCGCUACACAUAUUCCGCGGUAGUAGACCGGAAACGACGCGUGUCGUGCUUGCAGCAAUUAGCGCUAGCUCCAAGCCCCUCAGCUCAAGAGAAGCAUUCGAUGCCGUGCAAAAAAUCCCAGAACAACAAGAGGACAACACUAUCCGGUCUUUGAGACAUCUCAAACUAGUCCUUAACGCCUUGAAGGACGAAAAAGCUGUGAGGAAAGAGCUCGUGCCAGUUCCGCUGGAUGAAAUGAGUCCAACAGAGCGGCUCCGGAGUUAUCGUGAAAAGGAGCCUCGGGCAUGGCGGUGGAGACUGCCUGAGAAGGCUUAA